AUGUUCUCAAAGGAUAGCCAAACCCGGAAGUGUGCACGUCAGCUUGACAAGAUGUCUGCUCAUGUUGGAGAAGCUCGGCGGGUGUUUAGAGAGUGUUUUGGGGGAACUGAGCCCAAGAUCGGAGUUUUCGCUCCCGGAAGGGUGAAUCUAAUCGGAGAGCACACUGACUAUAAUGGGGGAUUCGUGCUGCCCAUGGCCCUUCCUCUCUUCACUGCAAUUGUCGGAAGUCCUCGAGAUGAUGAGAAGAUUUGCAUCAUAACCAUGGCUGAUGGAGCUGAUGAACCUCACAGAGUGGAGUUUGAAGCUCCAAGAGAAGGCAGAUCUCUCACACCAGGGUCCCCAAAGUGGUCAAACUAUGUUAAGGGAGUGAUACAGCACUAUAGAGCUGGACCUGUUCCUGGUUUUAAUGCUGUGAUUGCAUCCAACGUACCUUUGGGUGGGGGACUGUCAAGUUCUGCUUCUCUAGAAGUGGCUACAUAUACUUUCUUGCAGCAGCUAUGUCCAGAUAAUAGCGACCCCAUAGAGAAAGCGCUUGCAUGUCAGAAAGCUGAACACACAUUUCCCGGAGUACCAUGUGGAAUCAUGGACCAGUUUAUCUCUGUUUUGGGAAAGGAAGGACACGCGCUUUUGAUUGACUGCAGGUCUCUAGAGGUUAUGCCCCUGCCGCUGAUGGAUCCUGGAUUAGCAGUACUGAUAACCAAUUCUAAUGUACGUCAUGAGCUUACAGGGAGCGAGUAUCCAGCACGGAGGAGGCAGUGCGAGGAGGCAGCAAAGAUUCUUGGAAAAGACACAUUGAGAGAUGCCAACCUUGGGGAUUUGGAGGCAAAGAAGGGAAGUCUAAGUGAGGAGUGUUACAGACGGGCGCGUCAUGUCAUCGCUGAGAUAGAGAGAACAAGUAAAGCAGCAGAAGCUUUGAAGAGAGGAGAUUACAGGGAGUUUGGUACGCUAAUGGUUGAGAGCCAUAACUCUCUCAGGGAUGAUUAUGAGGUUAGCUGCCCAGAACUUGAUGAACUGGUGGCCAUCGUUUUGGAGAUCCCUGGCGUUUAUGGCAGCAGAAUGACUGGCGGUGGUUUUGGUGGCUGCACAGUGACUUUAUUGGAGGCUUCUGCCGCAGAGAGGGCGAAAGAAUUAAUCCAGGAGAAAUUUAGAGGCUCGCCUACUUUUUACAUCACCAAACCUUCAGCAGGAGCUGGAACAUUGUCCUUGUAGCAGUGGGCAUGGAGUGUGUCGAGCCCACCAUUCCUAAUAUGAAAUAAACACACUAUUUCUGUACA